CCACUACCCAAAAUCCGAGUCAACCGGUAGAUAUAAUAAUGUGCCUGCUCUCCCAUACAUCUCUCUGAUAGCAUCGUCUAGCUUACUACUCACACCAAUCGACUAGGCUCCACACCAAGACUACCUCUGUCCAAGACCCAGGCCUGCCUUCGCCAUGUGCAAUUUCAUUCUCAACGUCGUCAAGUGCCGCCAGUGCGGCCGCCUCAUCAGCCAGCACCAGUCCGACUUCGUCUACUGCCCCCCCUACCGCAGCGGCAUCCGGUGCCAGACCAUUGAGCGUGGCCGCAACACGCAGCUCGUUUGCUGCUCCAGCUGCCAGAACGCCUACUAG